ACAUUCGAUUUUGUUUUAUGUAGAACACAAUCAUUGAUGACGUACUGCGCAUAUGCAUAUCCUAUCGAUGUUUCAUUCUUGAAAUAAAAACAAAACAAUUAUUUAGUAAAAAUGAUUAUUUCCUGAGAGUCAUUUAGUCUUAUACAAGACUGAAAGCAUUUCUAACUUACAAAGGUGACUGAAUCAACAGUCAAUAUGAGUAUGAAGCCAGGAAGUUCGGGGAAACAAGCUCGGGGGAUAGGAGCACCAUCGGCGCCCACAUCUGUCACAGCGGCUGCCGUAGCUGCAGCAGGGAAUGCUACAUCUAGUAACCAAGAACUAGCAAGUUAUUUUGAGUGUCCAGUUUGUUUUGAUUAUGCUCUACCUCCAAUAAUGCAGUGUCAAAGUGGUCAUAUUGUAUGCCAGAGCUGCCGACAGAAACUAACCAUGUGUCCAACAUGUAGAGGUCCUCUAGGUAAUAUAAGAAAUUUAGCCAUGGAGAAGGUGGCUGCAACAGUAAACUUUCCAUGUAAAUAUGCCAAUAAUGGCUGUCAAACCACACUACUUCACUCAGAAAAACCAGAACAUGAGGAAACUUGUGAAUAUAGGCCAUAUUGUUGCCCAUGUCCUGGGGCAUCAUGUAAAUGGCAGGGAGGUUUAGAACAAGUGAUGCCUCACCUCAUGUCUUCACAUAAAAGUAUUACAACAUUACAAGGAGAGGACAUAGUGUUCCUUGCUACAGAUAUCAAUCUACCAGGAGCAGUAGACUGGGUGAUGAUGCAGUCAUGUUUUGGUCAUAAUUUUAUGCUAGUCUUGGAGAAGCAGGAGAAAAUGGAGGGACAACACAUGUUCUAUGCUAUAGUACAACUAAUAGGAACCAGAAAACAGGCUGAAAAUUUUGCCUAUAGAUUGGAAUUAAAUGGUCACAGGCGUCGACUUACAUGGGAGGCAACGCCACGCAGUAUACAUGAUGGUGUGCAGUCAGCUAUAAGUGCCAGUGACUGUCUUGUGUUUGACACUAAUAUAGCGCAAUUAUUCGCUGACCACGGGAACUUAGGAAUAAAUGUUACAAUAUCUAUGUGCUAAAUUUCAUCUGCAGUGUUACAUGCUUAAUUUGUUAAUUGUUGAUUUUUUUCUUUGAAGAACAACAGCACAAAGAUUUUCAACUAAGCAUUUAUUUUAUAUAAUGAAUGAUAUAUCUAACUUCUAAGAAUCAGUUGGUGUCCAACAGUUGGAGUUGAAUCUUCAAGCCUGGUAUUUUACACUUAUUUUAGAAAAUAGUUUAGAUUGUCUGUGUAUUUAUCUUACAAACUUGGUGAUGUUCUACCAUCAUUUGAAGUAAAUGCUCAGAAAUACAAGAGGAAAAUAUAACUGAUGGAAGGAUAACAUUUAAAUAAAAAAUUCCAAAAUACAUUAGGAAUACAUACUGUUUGUAUGCCAUGAAAAUAUAAUAGUGGUAUGCCAGAUAUUCACCAGGAACACACAUUGAUGGUAUUCCAGAAAUACAACUGUCUUGGAACACUCUGGUGGUAUGCCAGAAAUACACCUGUCCUACAACACUCUGGUGGUAUGCCAGAAAUACACCAGGAACUAACAUUGAUGGUAUGCCAGAAAUAUACCAGGAACUUACAUUGAUUGUGUGCUAGAAAUAUACCAGGAACACACACAAUGAUUCUAGAAAACAAACCUGGAAGGGUGAUAAGUAAAGAUUGCUGCAUUAUUUAUAUAUUACAAUGUUAUCAGUGGACUUCAAGUAUUGAAUCUUUUAUUACAGAUUUUAAGAUGAUAUAUGUCAGGAUAGUAUGAAUUGUGUACAAGAAGAAAAGAAAAUGCCUAGUAUGGUGAAAUAUUCUCUAUAUGAGAAAUUAACAAAAGAGUUCAGCUGACAUUGUGAUAAAAUGAUGAAAUGUUUAUGUUGACAAUGAUAUGACAUAAUGUUAUGGAUAAUAUGUUCUAGAUGAUAUGAUGAAAGAUAUUAUUAUUGCAUGAUGAUAUGAUAAAAGAUGUAGAAUAACAUGAUGCUUUAGAAAAAGUAGGACAACAAAUUAACAUGAUCAAGGUUAUAAAUUGGUUUUGGUUAAAUUUUACAAACUGAUGUGAUUUCAUUAAAAAAAUUGCCAUAACAUGACAAUAUGUUAAGAAAAAGUUAGUUAACAUUAUGCUACUAAUAUUUAGGGUAACAUGAAGGCAUAAUUAAAGGUUUAAGUCGAAUUUUUUAAUGGAGAAAAGUUUUGAGAUAAAAUGAAAUAACGCAUUUUUAACUUGACUAUUCAAAGAUUAGGGAAAGCUAUUGUACUUGUGCAGGCGUCAGCAUUACACUUUGGUACAUGUACCUAUAAUACUAGUGAAAGGAAUGGGUUAAAAGUAAAGACGCUUGUUUGAGAGCAUAUAAGGAGGUUGCUUGCAAAGGUCCAUAACUCAAACAUGGAUUUUGACAGGAUUAUGGCCCUUUCUUAACUUUUAGAAUUCUACAUUAUCCAGGCUUUUAUAUUACUGUCAAGUAUUGAGAGUAGUCAAGCAUGCUGUGCUUCCAACAGCUCUUGUUUUCCUUGACAUAGUCAACAGAUUAAUUUACAAUUGUAAAAUGAUUUUGUUAUUAAGCAAGAAGCAGUAACAUUGUAGCUUUUUUAAUUUUUUUUUUUGUAUAAAAGUAUGAACUUUUUGAAUAGUAUAAUUGCAAAAAUUAAUGAAAACCUGUUAUUGUUCACAAAAAUACAUCAAAUUACUGUUGAAAUUGUGAUAUAAAUGUGGAGUGUCAUUUAUUUUGGGUAUUACACUUUUACAUUCUGUAUUUUGACAUUCUGUGGGAGAUAUGUUAUAUAUGUGUGUCCUUAUGUCUGUACCUUGUCUAUCAAUUUGUUUCUUUGUGUUGCUUUAACCAGUGAUUAAAUGAUUACAUGUAAACACAGAACCAAACCACAUUCUUAGAACCAGUCUCUAUAACUCUGCAAUCCCAUUGGUCUAAAUCAAGUUUGAAUUCAAAAUUUAACCAAUAAUUUUUCAUAUGCUGUUACUAAAUAUGAUUAUUGAGAACAAUUGGAAUUUUAGAAUUUGAUUGCAUAGUGAAAUGCUGACAGAAAUGUUUAGGGGAUAGAAAAUAUGUAGUAUCAUCUUAGAUACUGUAUGCAUUUAAUUUCUAACAUAGUUUUAAAGGAUUAAAAUUGUUUAUGUUAAUUAUUUCCAUUUGGUUUUAUUUAAGUCUUUUACUUGGUAAGUCCUUAGUGGACUGGCAUUAAAAGCACAGGAACUCGGCACAGUGGUUACACUAUCCCAGCACUGUGCCGAGUCCCUUUGAUUAAAAGAGUUACCGGUAACUGAAAUAUAAAUAGUAUCAAACUUUGCAUUGAUAAUUUUAUGUGACAAAAAUAAUCACCAUUUAUGUUACAACCUCAUCCAUGUACUUUCUUCCCCAUGAAAUAUAGUCUUGGGGUAUUGAAUUUUUCUACAAUAUUUUUUCAGUGUGUUAUUUUGUAUAUAUGUAUAUCAUAUAUAAAACUUUAAAGAAUUGUAAUAUAACUUGGCAAUUGUAUAUUUACCUGUUGUAACUAUGCAUUUAUCUUGAUAUAUAUACAUAAGACUAUUAUCUUGGAUAUUUGUUUUGUUUUGAGUGAGUUAUAUGGAUUAUAUUUCACUGAUAAGUGAUAAUCAGGAAAAUUGAAAUAUUAUCACAUAUGUGUUAAACAUUCAUCAAUAAUAGUUUUGAGAGUUUGAGAUUAGUUAUAUUUUAUUUUCAUGAAAAAAUAGCAUUUGCUCAUUUACAUUCAGUGAUCUACAGUGAGUGAUAUAAGUAAUAUAGAACUUAUGAUCACCAUUUCAUUUAAUAGCUCUUUUCAGUUAUCAUAUAUACAUGUAUUGCACACGUAUAAUUUUUAAAUGUCAUUCUACUUUCAAAUAAUGAAUAGAUUGUAUUAUCAUGUGGAUAAUUAAUAAUUAUUAUACUUUAGUCCAUAUUUUUUGCAACUUUAACAAGAAAGAGCCACGUCAUGACAAAACCAACAUAAUGGGUUUGCGACCAGCAUGGAUCCAGACCAGCCUGCGCAUCCGCGCAGUCUGAUCAGGAUCCAUGCUGUUCGCUAUCAG